AUGGCCGCCGACAAGAGGACUGGAAAGAAGUCGUUCAAGUGUAGCAUCUGUUUAAAGUGUUUUAAUGUCAAGUCAGCUCUAAAAGCUCAUCUGAGGAUUCACAGCGACAAGAGGUCCUACAAGUGUACUCAAUGCGAUAAGUGCUUUAAACGAGCAGCAGGCUUAUACAAUCAUCGGAAGGUACACAGCAAUGAGGGGCCCUACAAAUGUACUCAGUGCGGCAAAUGUUUCAGAUGGCCAUCAGGCUUGAAAAGCCACUUGUUAAUACAUACUAAUGAAAGGCCCUUUAAAUGUACUCAGUGUGAAAAGUGUUUCAGACGAUCAUCACACUUGAAAAGUCACUUGUUAAUGCAUACUAAUGAAAGGCCCUUCAAAUGUACUCAGUGUGAAAAGUGUUUCAUACAAUCAUCAGACUUGAAAAGACACUUGUUAAUGCAUACCAAUGAAAGGCCCUUCAAAUGUACUCAGUGUGAAAAGUGUUUCAUACAAUCAUUACACUUGAAAAAUCACUUGUUAAUACAUACUAAUGAAAGGCCCUUCAAAUGCACUCGGUGUGAAAAAUGUUUCCGACACUCAUGUACCCUGAAAGACCAUUUGCGGAUACACAGUGGAGAAAGACCCUUCAAGUGUACUCGGUGUGAAAAGUGUUUCAGACAAUCAUCACACUUGAAAAGACACUUGUUAAUACAUACCAAUGAAAGGCCCUUCAAAUGUACUCAGUGUGGAAAGCGUUUCCGACGUUCAAGUACCCUGCAAGACCAUUUGCGGAUACACAGUGGAGAAAGACCCUUCAAGUGUACUCAGUGUGAAAAGUGUUUCAAACGGUCAUCACACUUGAAAAGACACAUGUUAAUACAUACCAAUGAAACGCCCUUUAAAUGCACUCGGUGUAAAAAAUAUUUCCGAAGCUCAUCUCACUUGCAAGUCCAUCUGCGGAUACACAGUGGAGAAAGACCCUUCAAGUGUACUGAGUGUGAAAAAUGUUUCACCCGGAAACAGACAUUGUUUUAUCACAAAAGAAAAUUCCAUUCUGAUUCACCUCACAAAUGUGAAUCAUGUGGUAAAGAUUUCACUGAUGACAAUGCUCUUAAGAGACAUGAUUGCGAGAAACGAUCUGCUAGAGACAAAGAAAGAUUCACUUGCUGGAUGUGUGAUGAAUACUGCUACGAUCAUUGUGGAUAUCUUUAUCACAUGUACAAACACAUGCAAGGAUAAAUAGAGUUACAAAAGGCGUCCAUACAUAGAGACCAGAAAUACUAUACAACAGUGAUUUAUGAUGGCGUGGAGGGCUUUGAAAAAUGACCUUUAAGACAGUGGUACUAACGCUGCCGGUUUACGAGGUAUAUUUCGGUUUCAGUUCGUCCUUGCAGUAUCGCACACCGUGACAGUUUGUAACUGAACAAUUCUCAGUGUUUGUAGUUUGGUUUCAGUUUAGUCUCAGUGUGAUUCAGUCAACAAAGAGGUAUGUUUAUAAUGGUUAUAUUUAAUUAAGGCUUAAUCACGUUGUUGGGUGCAAUGAUCACAACCGAAGUUAGCAAUACUCACUCCACUAUACAUAGUAACUUUGUUUCUCUUUUGAGUUGGGAUGUGUAAUUAUGGACCUUAAUUUGUAAGAUUUAGUCUGAAAUUCAAAGCCGUUCAGCACUGUUAUGUUGCUUUGUUCAAUUUGUUUUAUAGGAAUAUCGAAAAGUGCCGCUUAUAAAGCAGGGCUUGAAAUAACUAUGGGGCAGGCGCCGGACACAUUGUCCGGUCAAACGUGAUUUUGCUCGGACAUAGGCAUUUUUGGCCGGACAAAUUUAAUCCAUCUUAACUAGUUGCAAUAGAGGCUCCAUUUUGCAAGUUACAUGAUCUGUAUCAUUUUCAGCAACAGCAACUCUAGUUACUCAAAACAAAUCGAGUGUGCAAAAAAUUAGAAGUUGUAGUUUUAUUACUCUUUGUUCUGUUACAUUGUAAGUCAGACACGUGGAUUGCAAGACACAACCUCAUCGUUAACGUUUGGUUGAAACCUGACCAAAUCACUAACAAAACGUAACCUUCAACUUUAUAGUACAACAUUUACAUUUCAGCAUGAACUUUCAGCUCAUAUAAUUUUGUUGGUUAACGUUUCUUUUGAGUGUCAUAUACAUUUUGUGAAUUCUCCGUUACAUCUCUUACACGUUGCGCAAUGAAAAUAAUCGUAUCCUUCGGCGCGACCUGCUGGCCGAAGUAACAUCGCCAUUCGCACAAAAAAUCGUGGUAGUGGGCAUUCAUUGGCAUUUGAAUGCGUUAAAACGUAUACAUAAUGUAUUUCAAAGAGAACAGGGUGAUGAAUGUUGAGUUAACCUUUUGAAUUAGUCGUUUAGUGAUAAACACGCAACAAAUUUACGGACAGGGCGAAAUAAAGACAAACUCUAUUUUUAUGUUUACUUCAUUAAAACUCAAAGCCUUUUAUUUUAAUGUUACAUUUGAGAAGUUUUAUUGGAGCAAGAGGGUGGCCUAAUUCAUUAUAAUGUCACUCUGGGUCUUUCUUUUUUUCGCUCUUGUUGGCACCAGAUGCUAUGCGGGUUAUUUUUCGGCGCAGCGGGGCGUGCAAUCUUGAGCACUUUACAACACGGACAGCAGUAGCCAAUUUGCGUCGCGACUGACAACAGGAAAUGUCAUCAAUUUCACAAACAAAAGUCCCCCUAGUUAAUAUCUUUUUUGGGAACAUGAUAAGAUUGAAUAAAUUUCCAUCAUGAUUGUCUCAAAAUUGAAUUUUCUUUGAAAGCCCAAAUGACCGGACAACAUGUCCGGUCAUCCACGGAUUUGCUCGGACAACGCUCGAUUCUGACCGGACAUUGUCCGUUGACCGGCCGUUAUUUCAAGCCCUGUAAAGGCGUCCCCCUCCCCACCCCCCACCCCCCGAGUCGUAGGCCGAUUUACCUCUAAACAUAUAAGCCUCCCUUUAAUUGUAAGUUGAAAUGAAUUCGAUUUAGAAUGACGCCUAAAGCUUGAUUAAAACAGAAAAUGUAAAAGGCACCGCUAUUGCCUUUUUUUGAAGCUUUCUUUUUUUUUUGGUUUCAAACCCCCUCGCAUAUAACCCUCCCCUUAUAACCACCCCCAAAACUCCUUACAAAGCUUCAAGGCUUAUAAGCGGCACUUUACAGUAAGCUCUCGUUAAUUUGACACAACUGGUUUACUAGGCUAGUACGAGAAACCGUUUAUGCGUGUCCGGACAAUUUUUUGAACGGAUCAGCCGUUGGUUUAGAUGUAUAUGGAACCCGUGGGACAGUGCAAGUUUUUGAACGGCAAAUUGUGCAAGUUUUGAGCUGACCCAAGACGGUCAAAUUUUUUUACCGGUACGGCUUCACGUUGGCUCACGCCGUGUAAACACCUGAACCGUGUAAAGUUUUUUUUUCACAGUUUGCGCGGUAAAAGCUUCGAGCUUACUUACUUGAUAAAAAAAAGCCAUUCCAGGGUUAGCCUGCCAACCGCAGACACAUUUCCGGUCGUCGCUUCUCUCCCUCCGGUUCGCAGGCUAUUCCAGGGUUGACACUGGCAAAUAUUUGUACGGACUCGGGAUCAGCUUAGGUUUCGGAGGAACUGCCCACCUACCCCUCCCCUAAGCCUACAUUUUGCCCUUAGUGAGAAGUAAGUUUUAAUGCUAGCUUAGGGGAGGGGUAGGUGAGUUGUUUCCCAGAAACCUAAAUUGAUCCGGACUCGUGUAAAAAGUACUAUAACAUGUGACACUGCGUAAUCGUUGCACAGCACAGCUAGCAGUAAAAUUCAUUCUUUCUCAAGUGAGUCAAGGCUUGUCUUAAUAUAAAGAACCCCCAGUCAUCACUCAUGCAGCUCGUAAGAAUAAGUUUAUUUCAAUCGUGAAACUGAGAAGAAUCAACAUUUGAGGUGUUUGAUUGAAUUCAAGUGUUAUAUACAGUCACGUGAUUUCCUGUUCCUGGUAACGUCACAAAACGUGUUUCUUCAAAUGGGGUACAUUUGCACAUUAAAAAUUCAAAACUUUUCGAUGUCAACAUGAUUCCGCCCUUUAACGCCGAAUUCAUUCUAUGCAUUUCAGUUAUUGGUACAUUUGAUAAGUCACGUGACCUCUUUUACUUCAUUGACGGUUUCCGAUAACACGUGGACAUGAUUAAAAGGCAGUAUUCUAAAGCCCUUACUAGGAGCUAUAGAAAAACGACAAAAUAAGGCGAAUACAGUUUGACUAAGUAUUCCCCAUUUUCAGUGAAACAUUUUGACAAAUGUGAAUCACGUGACUUAGAGUUACAAUAGAAAAGCUUAUCAAACGGAUGUUAACGUGGAAAGGAACCUGCUUUCCAAGUUUCACAAAAAUGAUAGGAAUAUUUUUCCUUGAAAUCAAAAACCACUGAAUUCGUGGUUGAGUCAAGCCUUAAUACGCAUGAGUUACUGAAAACUUGCCCGGACCGAUGUAAAAAAAGUCUAAUACAUUUCAUUUUUUUUGGUUCGUUAAAGUUGUUGACCACUGAAUUGUUCUUGUGUGCAAAAAACUGAAAGUCACAGACAAGUGUGUACCUUGUUACGUUGUGUAGACUAGGGGGAAAGGGGAAGCGAGGGGGGGGUCCAAAUGUCUCGCCAUCCGGUCCUCGCAUGCAUUAAUAGCUCCCGCCCCUUUUUUCUUGGUUUCUUCCCUUUGGUCCUUUUUCCGUUGAAAAAUAUCAGUUAGUGUUGCGUAUUAUUUGAUUGAUUUCCCCCUAUUUUACCGCUUUCCAGCUUUUUUAUGAACCUCCACCUCCCUCCCUUUCCUCUCCCACCUCCCUUCCCUAAUUCUCCCGUGUCCCAGCCGCCUGUUCUCCCCCGGCGCAGUCUAAAAUGACUUGUAAGGUGCAGUUGCGGUUAGUUCUUCAGAGUUUAUGCGCGUUAAACGAACGACUAGGGUUAUCUUGCUAAAUUCAUUCAACCUUAUACUAAAAAUUAUUGCGUUUAAAUGCUGACCAUAACCUUGUAGGGGAAACGCUCACAGGGUGGACAGAAAAAGCGCCACAAGGAUUGUCUCAAAGCGUCGCUGAAAAGCUUUGUCAUAGAUGUCGAAACCUGGGUGACCCUGGCUCUAGAGCUGACCUGCCUGGCGUUGCAAAGUCAACAAAGGCAUUGAUAGCAGGGGCUCAGAGGGAGCGUGAGCUGCGCAAAUCCAAUUGAAAGCGAUCUUCUUGACACCUGCUCAAGAAACUCACCAGCGUCCGGGAAUGCGCUCGUAUUGGAUCGAUCAGCCACAGCCGCACCUAAUCCCUCUCCCACGUGAUGUUCUUGGUCAUCGUCGACAACAUGUGUUCCAACAUCAUGUGUUGACAAAAACUUCUUCUGUCGUGCUACGCUACAUUUUGUCAUGCCAUAGCACUACUACUAGGACCCUUUUCUUGGUUAGCCGCAAUGUAUCGCACUUAACAUUCCAAGACAAGUCUUGACCAAAUAGAGAGUCCUUAAACGCUUCGAGAUCGAUCUUAUCAAAUAUACCUUCUUUGCAGAAUUCUACAGGAAAUUAAAUCAGGGUGGCAAGGAGGGGGUGAGAGGGGGUACCUAUCAGGCAUCACAGCGGUUUUUUUCAAGCUAUCACGCAUCCGAAAAAUAAAAUAAAAUAUACAACUACAUUAACAAGUAUCCUAUUAUUAUAUAAUUGAUCUGCGGAAAUCAGAGGUCACAGAGGUUGACGAGAAAAAAGGGCAAGAAUUUGGUUCCACAACUAUCUAUUGCUAGUUUCAAAUGAUAUUAAUACUUGAUGGCUUGUAGAAUGACGUCACAAUUAUAUAAGCUAAAAGGGCCUGGGCGCAAGGAUCGGUCGUCGGAUCGGGCAAAUCCGCCUUUGCGACUGUUCCUCCCACCUCAACACGCUUGUAUUCAAUCGACAAUUUGCAUUGGGGAGACUUGCCGAACUGAACGAAACUUGCGGUGAGUAUUAACCGUCUUGUGUUUCUUCCAUUGUGAAAACUGAGUUUUUCCAGAAAUGACUCCUUCAAAUGACCGAACGCUAAGCAUUUUUUAAAGUGAAAUUGCAGGGUAGCAAUUGUCUUUUAUGUCUUUUAUGGUUGUUGUCUGCCGUGCUUUUUGUAUGGUGUGAAUCGCACGAAAGAGACUCUUUUUUAAGAUAUUAACAUGGUCGUGUUUUGCCAAAGCAUAGAAGGUUCUCUUUUGUUAACACUGCAUAAUUUUAAAAACACAUAAAUUAGACUCAAGUUUCAAUUCCUACGGAGAGGUUUCUGUCACAGGUCACAUUCAGUUUCUUCUCAGGUCACGAUUACAGAUCACAGUUUUAUUGAUAAGUAAAUAAUAAUAAUAAUAACUUUAAUAGUAACAUCCUCGUGAGGUUUUUCAGGAACUAUUUGAACUAUUUUUGUUCGAUAGCGAUAAGGGCCAGGAGCUUCAUUUGGUCCUGUUUAUUUAUCUGUGGUGACUGACCUUUAUUCUGACCUGAAAAAAAAUCCCUGUGGUGCCUGGCAGGUAAAAGAAUACCUAAGCAAACCCCGUCGGCUUUAGCAGUUGCAUCACAUGCAGCCCAGACGUACUGUAGAGCAAUGAUAAUACAUUGUAGUUCGGCUAAAGAGUAUCGGAGCUGGAGGGUAGAUUGUAUUGGACUAACGAGGAUUCAAACAAAAUAAUAUCUUAUGGUUCUAAAUAUUCCUUUACCAUCAUAUCAUUGUCUAUUGAUUUAUCCUGGUUUAUUUUCAACUGAAAAUUCCUCUGUUUCUUAACGAAUUCGUCUCUGUUUCUUAACGAUUUCGUUCUCCGAUCUUAUGUGGUACUUUAUCCUAAGCUUUUAUCAAUUGAUUAGAAUUGCAUUUUGUCGAGUUUAUGUCACCUCCAAGUGCAAAAUUCGACAAUAGUGAACUUACGCAACAGGACGGGAGAGGAAACAAGACGGCAAACCUUGUGUGACAAGCGUGACAAUGAUUUUUUACGUUAAACUUCACCUUCCUUUGAACAGAUCGUUUUGUAAAAGACCAGAAAACAAGAAUGUAAAGUGAUUAGAUCACGACAAAACACAUAAUUAGUAAUAGUUGACACUACAGCUGCCCCCGUUCUGUAUAUUGUCGGUCAAUAGUAUUCUUGCUCGUUGUGUAGCUCUUUGAAAUAUACCGAUUCAUAAUGAAGAUUUUCACACAUAUUCCAUACAACAGGUGAGAUAAAUACAGGAAACGCAAGGUUCCGUGCACAGUUUCCGCUCGAUUUACACAGCUUUGAUCAAAACUUUCUCAGUUUCGAGAAUAGUUUAUUCUAAACCAUAAGAAAAGAUUUAAUUAGAAGUUGAAUAAAUCAAAGAUUUGUGAACUCGUGUCUGGCAAACUCUCCAAGUGUUUAUAUAUAGACUAUAUACACAGUUAAACGCACUUUAUAACCUCGUCUGCGCUUAAAGAGUGUCUUUUGGACCAUAACUUUCAAAACAACUGCUCCACAGAAUGUCACUGCGUAACGCAAAAGAGUGUCGAAGUAUGACUGCACAAUAAAUGUCACAAAAUCUACCUGAGCGGUCCCUUCGGGAUUUUCUGUCUCUACGUCAUCCUAACCAUUUCGCAC